CUUUUAUUUCAGAUGAACACUAGGCCAUAUUUAUUGUGUUUAGUGUACUUUAAAUGUAAUUUUAGUUAACUCUACUAGUAUACUUACUUUUACUGUAUUGGUUUUAUGGUGUGCAGUCAAUUUUGCGUGGAUUCUCCACCAUUUUUCCAAUGGCAGAGCACAGGCAUUGUGCACGUCAUGUUUUUGCAAACUUGCACAAGACACAUAAGGGGGAUGAACUGAAAAUGCUAUUCUGGAAAGCAUGUAAGGCAUAUAAUGAAGCUGAUCUCGAGGAUGGAUUAGAUGAAAUGGAAAAGAUACAUCAUCAAUGCUAGAGCCAAACAUAUCAUUUUCAUGUUAGAAGAUAUACGAGGAGCAUUGAUGCAAAGGAUGGUCUUGAAAAGGCAAGCGAUGGAAGCAUCUAAAGCUUUGAUAUGUCCUAGGAUCAUGACCAGAUUAGAGAAAGCUAAACAUGAUGCAGCCCAUUGUACCCCAAUGCCAUCUAGCCAAGUUAGUUUUCAAGUUAGCCAUUAUCUGGACACUUUGACUGUUAAUUUGGACACGAAGAUAUGUACUUGUAGAAAAUGGGAUCUUAGUGGAAUCCCAUGCUGCCAUGCACUGGCCUGUAUAUUCUUCCUAAAUGCGUCCCCUAAGGAUUAUGUUGAUGACUGCUAUAAGAGAGAGGCUUAUUUGAAAAUAUACUUAGGUGCCAUAGCCCCAUUGACUGGAGAAAGGCAUUGGCCCAAAGUAGACCUUCCUUUGGAUCCUCCACCAAUAAAGAUUAGUCCUGGUAGACCAAGAAGGAAUAAGAUCAAACCUCCCCAUGAAAAUCCUAAAAAACCUAGAAAAUUAACUAGGCAUGGGGUUGAGAUGACAUGUAGUAUUUGCAAAUCUAAGAGCCACAACAAGAGAAAGUGUCCUGACAAAAAUAAGUCAGUGGAGGCCCAACCAAAGAGGAGUAGGGGAAGACCAAGAAAAGAACUGCAAACUACAUCAAACUCUACAUCUCAUCAUG